AUGAGUACUCUUAGAGUUCCAGAGAUUGUUCCUUGCCCUGCCCAUGAUUGCGAGCGACUCCGAAAGGCUUUCGAAGGAUUUUUGACGGAUGGGGAGGAAGUAAUCUGGGUAUUAGGACACAGGAAUGCCAAGCAAAGGAAGGAAAUCAGAGAAACUUAUCAGCAGCUAUUCAAUGAAUCACUUAUCGAUCGCCUUCGUAAAGAACUCUCCAGCAAUUUCAGAGAUGCAGUAAUUCUGUGGACAUAUGACCCUCCAGAAAGGGAUGCACACCUAGCAAACAAGGCAUUGAAGGAUAAGAGAAAAGAUGUCUCAUGCCUACAGGUUCUACUUGAAAUUGCAUGUGCAUCCACUCCUAGCCAUCUAAUGUCUGUGAGGGAGGCUUACUGCUCUAUCUUUGAUUGCUCCCUUGAAGAGGACAUUGCAUCCUGUGUUUCUCAACCUAUCAUCAGAAAGCUUCUAGUGAACCUAGUAAGAUCCUACAGAUAUGAUAAAGAGGUUGUAAACUUGGAGGUAGCAGAGUCAGAGGCAUCGAGAUUGCAUGUAGCAAUCAACACAAGGCAGUUAGAUGAUGAUCAACUCAUUUGGAUACUUAGCACCAGGAACUUUUUCCAGCUCAGGGCAACUUUUGCAUGCUAUAAGAAACUCUAUGGGAUUGCAUUUGAAGAGGAUAUAAAGAAAUGUGGUAAUGGUGAUUUGGAAUCUCUCUUGAAUGUAGCAUUAUUGUGUGUAGAAUGCCCUGAGAAACAUUUUGCAAAGGUGCUGAGAGAUUCUAUAAUUGGGCUGGGAACUGAUGAAGAGUCCCUAAACAGAGCAGUGAUAAAUCGAUCAGAGAUUGACAUGUUGAGAGUGAGAGAAGAAUAUGCAAACAUGUACAAUGAAGAUCUUGAAGGAGCAAUCAUUAGGGAUACUUCAAGUCACUACAAAGAGUUCUUGAUGACUUUGCUUGGCAAAAGAAUCUGAUGCAUUAUAAUUGUCAACCCACCAAGCAAGUUUCUUUGAAUUCUAGUUAAGUAGUUCAUGGUCUGCACUUUCUAACACAAGUAGUUCCAUAAGUUCCAA